AUGGCUCUCUUCCUGGCGGUUACCAUUCUUUGGGCUCUGAUCUGGCUACUCUACCGGGCGUGGCAGGUCUGCCAAACGCCAAACGAGGUCUUGGUCGAAAAACUCGGCCUGGACAUCCCUCCGCCACCAGAGUUGACCCUUGAAGAGAUUACUGCGCGGGAAAUUCGCAUCGCUUGGAAACAACCAGAAUUUCAUAAUUCCAUUCACAAGCACAUCAUUCAAGUGAAUGGAGCGAAAGGUACUUUCUCAUCUGCCCCUUCCUUCCGUCAGCCGGCGCAUCAAGGGCUAACUCAGGACUCCUUAGUGGGCGAAUCGAAACGAGCCGAGACUGCCGUGGAAAUUCUGAAUCUCGUUCCCGGAAAUAUAUACCACAUAUGUGUGUGCUCGGUGAGCGCGGCGAAUUUUCAAACCCCUAGCGCCGUUGUCCACGUGCGAACCAAGUCCCUUCCUCUCUCGCAAUCCCAGCAGAAUGCUUCCAACAGCAAUAUCACCAUCCGCGCUUCCAUCCCUCGCUCUACGGCCGGACUGGCUGCCCCUUCCGCACCCAUCAUGUCUCGGGAACACAGCGGAGGUCAAUUACAAAGCAAGCGUGCUCCAGCUGGGAGGAAGCAGUCUCCAGCUGCGAGCGGGGCGGAAACUUUGCACGGUAAUGUAGACGAUUUGCAGAGAGUCUCCGGGUCUGACGACCGAGACGAAAGCUUGGAGGAACUAGCCGAACGAUUGAAACUCUUGCAGCAUGAGAACGAGACCGUGGAGAAACAAGCCGCCGAUGAAGAGGAGGAACAUAUCGCCCUUCUUAAAGAACUCGAGAAGCAGCGGGAUGAGCUGAAAAAGCGCGUGAAGGAAAAGGACGAGGCCAGCGGCGAUUUGAAGAAGCAGGUCUAUAAACUGGAGAGCGUCAAUCGCUCGGUUCAAAGCGAGAAGGCGAAGCGUGAGCGGUUGCUGCAACAGAAGGAAUCCGAACGUCAGAAGCGAAAGGACGACAUCGUUCGAUGGCAAGAAAAGGUGGUCCGGAUGGCCACCGAUGCUACUCAUGCAAAGGAGGAGAAAGCUCGUGUGGAAGAGGAAGGCAAGAAACGAGCGAAUGCGGUCCGCGAGAAGAUUGCCAAGGAGCAGGCUGAGAUGAAAGUCAUCGACGACGAGAUCCAAGACAAAGGCGGCCGUGUCAAGAAGCUUGAGGAGGAAAGGAAGAACAACCAGGGCCCAGAUGGCGAGGAUGGCAAGGAGCUGGACCGCAUUGACAACGAACGCGCUCGGCAGUGGGAGUUGAAACUGAGCAAUCUACAUACGCAAUAUGCAUCCCUUGUCAGCCUCCACGCCCAGGUUCAGCAGCAGUAUCAGGAGGCGCAGGAACACUUCAAGUGGCUGACGACUCAACGACCGGGAAGCUCAGGGCCAUUCUCCCUGCCGGCCUUGGAUCUCGACUUGUCGAACACAGCGACUAUUCGUCCCCGUCGUCAUCGCAGCUCACUCACGAGCAAUGUCUCUUCUCCAAUGAACUUUCCCGCCAUGGAGCCUUCAUUCUCCAACAGUAUCAAUUACAAAGCUCCUUCGACGAACUCCCCGACUUUCCCGCCGAGUUCGACAUUCUUUAACAUCAACAACGGGAUGACCAUACCCGGUCUGUCAGGUCAGCCCGACCUUUCUCGUGCCGAACUGGAAAUGUCCUUCAACAAUCCCCAAAUGAGUCCACGCGCCGAUGCAUUACUGCCGUCCGAUCUUCUUGGGGAUGAAGAGUCGCCUGAACUUCCCCGUCCGAUCAUUCGUCCCCGAUUUUCAAAUGCGGAUCAAUCCAAUCCACUCGAGUCUUUUGCUCAUGGUCCACCCUCUCCAGACUCAUCAAGCAGUCGACCUGAAAGCAUGUUUGGCAGCCCCCAUGAAAUUCCAGCCCAGGAACCGGAGUCGCAGCCAGCUACUUUGGGUGAUGCGAACGAGGCUCCGAAGAGUGCGUCGCGCCGCCUAUCCGGUCUGUUCGGCUUCCAUCGGGCCCGUGGGAAGACUCUGGCAGAUGAACCGCCCUUACUGGGUACUUUGAAACCAGGUCAAAGCCAGUCAUUCCCUCGAAAUCUGGAGGAAAUGGACCCUAUUGGUGCUAGGCGCCGUCGCCUGAGUUAUACGGGUAACUGGGCAAACCCUAUAACGUUGCUUCCAAGGAGCAACACGGCGAGCGUCACAGCAGACAGCUCGUCUGAUCACCUCCCAUCCCGUCGUGCUGCCAUCUCUAGUAUCUUCUCCCCUAGCCGAUUUGGUUUCGGCAGUGGGAGCAAUUUGGCAAAAUCUAGUGACAACCCUGACCUCAACACUGGAUACAAUCAAUUUAGCCCCAGACAUGACCCUAUUGAUCCGUCCUCGAUCUUGGGUACUGUUCGGCGUGGCUCGUUAUCACCGAGACCAUCCUCGACCUUCUCCUUUGACAAUCAACUUCCUCACCCGUCUACGGACAAUAGGCACUUUGGCUGGCCUUCGGCUGAAAAGCCGGGCCAUCGAAGUCCCUUGGGGUUUGACUGGGCUUCCCCAUCGACGUGGUCGAGGGUACACUCCCGCCGACCGUCUACACAAUAUGGUUCAUCCGGCCAUUUACCUCUAAGCCUUACUGGGGAACCUGAUUUUCUCCAGGACUCGUCCUUUGAAAGACAGGGUCGACCGUUACAAGCCCCUAUUGGUACCCGUCCAUCUUCUUCGCAUCGUCCUGUGACCCCGAAGUUGAACCCAGCCGCACCUACGUUCAAGACAAUUUUUGGUAGUAGGAAAUCGGACAAGGAUAAGGAGAAGGACAAGGGAAAGGAUAGGGACUUGGAUGCGCCGUUCGACUUCCUAAUGGACGACGGAUCUCCAUCUGAAUCCCGUGCCUCGAAGGAUUCACGUUCUUUGUCUAUCUUUACGCGGGAUUCCUACGAGUCCCUGGAGCGCAUGCCAUCUGCCGCAUCUGCCGACAACAACAGCUCGAAAGAGUCAUUCAUUCGAAAGAUUACGCGGAAAGGCAGCUCGGGCAAAUUCAGCUCAUGGAAGGACCGUUCGGGGUUGUUCUCGAAGAAGAGUGACGCGUCCCAGGGUGAUAUUGAUGAAGACAGCGUCGCCGAGGCUCAACUUGCCAAGAGCGUGGACAGCGCAGGGUCUAGUAUUCCAUCGGCCGAUAAGUCCAGCCGAACUAGCCUGGGAUUUUUCAGCCGCAAAUCGAGAAAAUCGGACAAGGCAGCCAGCGAGACAAGUGAGCGACCCAGUGAACGGGCUAGUGAAAUUGCCAGUGAACUUGGUGACGAUGAGAUCCCUGAAGAAGAGGAGAUCAAGUCAUGA